AUGUCUGGCAGUCUGAAAAUUGUCGAUUUGACAUAUGGACUAGACAGUGGAGCGAUUACCUGGCCGUCUAAUCCAAAAUUUAACCUGACCUAUUUGUACCGUGGUGCAUUUGGCCAUGUCUGGUUGGAAAAUAACCGAAUCGAUCUGGCCGAACACACGGGGACUCAUGUGGAUGCUCCGAUUCACUUAGCGUUAAAUUCAGGAGGUUGGAAAAAUCAUCAGAUUCCAAUCGAACGAUUGGCGGGUCCAGGUGUUAUAAUUGAUGUAAAAUCUCAAGCUGAGGCGGACAUUGACUACCGAGUCACGGUCGAUGACGUCAAAGCUUGGGAAAAACGCAACGGCAAAAUCCCAUAUGGAGCGGUUGUUCUUAUGAACUCUGGGUGGCAGAAAUACUAUCCAGAUUAUAAUGACGUUUUUAAAACCAGCAAUCUCAGUGACAGUACCAGUUACCAUUUUCCAAGCUGGCACGAGGAUGCCGUUAAAUGGCUAAUAUCAAAUCGUGUUGUGUAUUACGUCGGUGGAGACACACCAUCAACUGACUACGGUCAAUCGCUGACCUAUCCUGUCCAUUUUCUUCUCAGUAACGAAAACAUAAUUGGUAUAGAGAGCGCAGCAUAUCUUGACAAACUACCUGAGAGUGGAUCAACCAUCUUUGUUGCCCUGAUGAAAAUCAUAGAUGGAAGUGGAGGCCCAGUUCGGAUGUUUGCAACUUUGCCGGAGGAUGAUGAUGAUAAAGAGUUCAAUACUGCGGUUCGCUUUUGGUUGUCCCCGAUUCUAUGGAUAGUUGCUUUUCUGCUUGCCGAAGAAUUGUUUUUCUCAGCAUGA